AUGAUCAAACAUAAAGAAUUUAAAAUAUCAAUUAGUAUAAAUAGCCUAUAUGAGAAUAGGUCAUAUAUCAUAUACUCAUUCAAUACACAAAAAUUAAAAAAAAAAACGUCAUUUUAUUUAUAACUUGUCGAUAAAGCCAUGCAACGUUCAAUAUCUUCUUCCAAAAAUGUAUGCAACCAAAUUCUCCGGCUCGGUAAACGACUCGAGCCGGGGAUGAAUAAAUAUCGCACACCUUGCGAUAUUUUUAUAAAUCAUAGGGGAAUCGAUACGAAGCAAAAUGUCGCGGGGUUGUUAUACGAACAUAUUAAAAAUAAUCUCGGGCUUCGUCCGUUCUUGGAUAGCAAGAACAUGAAGCCCGGCGAUAAAUUGUUCGAUAAAAUUGACCCCGCGAUUCGCCAUUGUAAAAUUGGGGUGGCUAUAUUUUCACCUCAAUAUUGUGAUUCGUAUUUUUGUUUACAUGAACUGUCUCUAAUGAUGGAAUCAAAAAAGAAGAUCAUACCUGUUUUUUGUGAUGUUAAGCCUUCUGAGCUUGCUGUGAAGGAUUUGAAUCUUAAUUUUCCUAAUAAAGAUUUGGAGAAAUUUAACUUGGCUCUUGAGGAGGCAAAAUACACCGUUGGACUCACAUUUGAUACCUUAAAAGGGGAUUGGUCAGAAUUUUUGGUUAAAGCUUCAGAUGCAAUAAUGAAGAACUUGUACGAGGUAGAAAGAGAGAAGUUUAUCAACAGAAAAAAAUAUAUUCGUAGACAACAACUUUUGCAUAACUAUUGAUCAAGUAAAAAAGAUAUAUAAUACAAUAAAUUCGAGCCAGAAGAGAUUGUUCAGGUGGUAAAUAUCUUCGAGGCUCGAGCCACUUAAGAAGCACAAAAAAAAAGUGGAAGCAUAAAAUAAAAUCUAAUAAAUUCUCAUGCAUUCAUUUGUUUAUUAAUUAGUUCAAAUUCUUUUUUUAACAGAAGUCCUUUAAUUAGGAAGACUCAAAGGACUUUUUCCUAGCUAACACAUUCAAUAUUCAUUCUUCUUCUUUUUCUUCAAUAAUUUGUCAUGUAAUAUGAAAGUUUUUUAGACUUUUUUUUUUUUAGUCUAUGUAAUCAAUCAAAUCAAUCUAAUAUAAUGCAUAGAUGAUUCUUGAAUAUUUCAAGCACUUUUUCUUAAUAGACGUUUGGCUAUGUGAUCAGGGACGGACUCACACUAUACGGUGGGGUACACGUGUACCCGAUAACUUUUGAAAAAAUCAUAUGUAUAUCUAUUUUGAAAAACUGAUAGAAAUUAAGAUAUAGUUAACAGUGCACCCAUAAAAAACAUAGAAGUACUCUUGUGCA